AUGGAAUACAAAGACUAUUAUAAAAUUCUGGGGGUUGAACGCACUGCUGAUCAAGAUGGCAUCAAACAGGCGUUUCGGCGCAUGGCGGCAAAAUACCAUCCCGACCGGAAUCAAGAUAAAGGGGCUGAAGAACGCUUCAAAGAAAUCAAUGAAGCUAACGAGGUUUUGAGUGACCCAACCAAACGCGCCCGUUAUGACCAACUGGGGGCUGACUGGCAUGCGGGUCAAAACUUCAAACCACCGCCAAACUGGGGAAACUCACCACAAUUCGACGCAUCAUUUUUUGAAGGCAUUGCUCGACGUGGUUCUAACAGCCAACAGGCAUCGUCAGGUUUCAGCGACUUUUUUGAAGGUCUGUUUGGCGGCGGCUUUCGGCGCACAACAACAGGCAGCGGAACCUCUUCGGCUACACAGUCCACACCCAUCCUACAAAUUGAUUUCCGUUGCCAACGGGGGGGUAGUGUCCAAAUACGCCUUCCCCCAGAUAUAUCGGAUGAAAAAAGACUACGCAUCCCCGGCAAAGGUCCGCAUGGAGCUGAUAUUUUCCUAAAGGUACAAAUAAAGGAACACCCCUUUUACCGCAGAGAAGGCAGUCACAUUUAUCUGGAUUUACCCAUUGCUCCUUGGGAAGCUGCACUGGGUGAAACUAUAACG